CCAUGGUGGGUGGCGAGGCGGCCUCGGCGGUGGAGGAACUGGUGUCUGGGGUGCGUCAGGCGGCCGACUUCGCGGAGCAGUUCCGCGCCUACUCGGAGAGCGAGAAGCAAUGGAAGGCCCGGAUGGAGUUCAUCUUGCGCCACCUGCCAGACUACCGCGAUCCGCCCGACGGCAGCGGCCGCCUGGACCAGCUGCUGUCCCUCUCCAUGGUUUGGGCUAACCACCUCUUCUUGGGCUGCAGUUACAACAAAGACCUUUUAGACAAGGUGAUGGAAAUGGCUGAUGGGAUUGAAGUGGAAGAUCUGCCACAGUUUACAACCAGAAGCGAAUUAAUGAAGAAGCAUCAAAACUAAGGUAGAAGCUCUAUCCCAUUUGCAUCAGUAGCUGCACGCUCAGAAAAAGAGGCCAGGAAAAUGGGACAUUUAUUGCCCCAGCGUCUGUCUCAGGACUCCUGCACCUAUCAACACAGCGCACGAGGCGUCAGGAACGAAAUGGAAGCAGUCUGGAUUGGCUUUUUUAUUUUUCUAGAUACCUACCAUUGUAAACCUAUCUGUGAACAUUUUAUAUAUUUAUAAAUCAUGCAUUCCCAGAUGAGUUCAUCAACAUUUGUUUAUAAAUGACAAACUUUUUAUUAAAAACUGCUUUUUUAAAAAUGUUUAUAUAAUCAUGGCAGGUAAUGAGUUUUACCAUAGGGAUUUGUAAAAGUGCUCCUAUAUAAUUGUUCAAUGCCUCCCCCUCCCCAUUCCACCCCUGCAAAACAGAUCAUUUCUGAUUUCUGCCUGAAAUUGGUAUGUGUAGAACCUCAACCCCCUCCUCGUUCUUUAUGUUGAGAAUAAAAUUCAAGGCCUG